UUUUUUUCAUUUAGAGAUUUAAAAACAAAAGAAGGAAGAUGGCCGACUCAGAAGGUCGGCUGUCACCUUCUUGUCUUGGAGAAAUUGAAGAUGAAACGCUAGAUCCAAGGAUACAGGAUGAGUUAGAAAGACUGAACAGAGCAUCAGAGGAGAUCAACAGACUGGAACUAGAACUUGAUGAUGCAAGGGCAUCGUUCAGGCAAGCAUUGACAGAUUCUACAUACAAACUUGAUGCCCUUGCCAAGAAACUUGGAUCCUGUGUUGAGAAAGCCAGACCAUACUAUGAUGCUAGGCUUAGAUCUAAAGAGGUACAUGUUGAAACACAGAAAGCCGCAUACAUGUUUGAGCGCGCGUGUAGUAUGCACGAGGCUGCCAAGGAGAUGGUUCAGCUGGCAGAGCAGGGCUAUAUGCAACGUGAAGACUCAGGGGACCCAGCCUGGCAGGAGAUGCUCAAUCAUGCUACUAUGAAGGUGAAUGAUGCGGAGAUGGAGAGACUGGAAAGUGAGAAGGUCCACUUGAAGACAACACAGAAAUUCAAUGAAGCUGAGGAACAUGUUCUCAAAUUGCAGAAAGAACUCAAACGAUCUAUCAAUAAAUCUAAAUUGUCGAUCCAGUGUAGUUUUCUCAGACUUUCAGACAUUGUUAACCAAUAUGAAAUUGAACUCUUGCCAUACUUUGAAAUGAAAGCCAAAUUCAACCAAAUGAUGGAGGAAAGAAAGAGAAAUGUAAUGAUGUUAGAGGAGUCAGUGUCUAAUUCUAAAAAGACGUAUUCUGACGCUCUUCGUAAUUUGGAGGAGAUCAGUGAGGCAAUCCAUCAAAAACGUCUUGAGAUGCGUAAUCAGGCUGAACUUGGAAUACGUGGUGCUGGUGUAGGGUCUGAGUCACCGUCACCACCUCCAAUGAGGGGUAAAGUCCAUGUGUCUAUUGAUGGUAAAACAACACACUUAGCAAGUAGUUGCAGUACAGGUAAUAGUCUGACUACUGCAACGUCUGCCCAGUUUAGUGUUAGCGAUUCAUCUAGUCAGGAGUUCAGGCCCCCCUCAGUAAUUUAUUCCUCUCCUGAGAAGGCUCGACGGGAGAGUUAUCGACAGGCAAUCGAAGAACGACAGUCUAUGCACGGUGAUCUUGAAAAUAUCACAGAAGACUUUAGCGUGAAUCUAGAUGACGAAUAUUUAGCUUUACCAAGUAAUUCAUCUGAAAACAUUUCUAAUAAAGAUGAAUCUGACAGUAUUUUUGAUAAAGGUCAAGACAGAGCUUCAGUACAGGACUCUGUGAGUAUUGAUACAAAUAAAUCAGGAGGAUCAUCUCCCUUGUCCUCUUCUCUUGGGAAGGGCAAAAAGUCGUCUGCCAAAUUGAAAGGUCUCAUUUUAACCCCAGUAGGGGCUGGGUUGGACCCUCUACAGGCCAAUCUUAGAAUCACAACAAAACAUGUUGCAAGGUCAAGUACUGAACCAAUUAGACCUAUGUCAUACCCAUACACUCAUAAUACUGAUAAUAGAAAUAGAGUUGUCCCACCUGUUGUCAGCUCUUCAACCAAAGAGGAAAAGAAAGUAGGAACGGAAGAGGAAAUUACAACACCAGGGUCAGAAAAAUCGUUCAGGAGAUUGCUGAAAGUUCCGUCCAUGCAGGACUUUGAUGAGGGAUCUGUUUCAGACACUGAAAGUAUUACCAGUGGAACCAUGCUCGAUGAUGAUCAAGUAGAGUUUCUAACGAUGGAUUUUUCAAAAUCUAGACUGGAUGCUCUGGAGGAAAACCCAGACUUCCACAAAUAUCGAAGGUUCAGUUUACCGCCAUCACUUACUCAAGUAGAUACUUUUGUGAGACAGUUCUCAAAUGAAAAUGAUACUGUCAGUAAAAGUCCAGAAGAAAGGGACGUUUUAGACAUAUAUGAUGUUGCUAAUAAUACUCUCAUAGCUGAAAGUACAGUAAAUCCCGAGACUGUGGUUGAAGUUUAGGAUAAUUAAGCAGUUUAUGCAGCAAUUUAUUGUCUUAUAUUUUUAUGCUACCCGAAGGGCGAGCAUAUAGUUGCCACUUUGUCCGUCCUUCCGUCUUUACCUAGUUUUUUUUAAUAAUCUCCCUUUAUUAUACAAAAUAAGACUUGUCCGGAGCAUUUCUUGAAAAGUAUUAAUGGCAUAUAAGGCUUGUCAGGAGCAUUACUUGAAAAGUAUUAAUGGCGUUUCAUUGAAACUUCACAAAAUGAUAGAUGCCAUUUUUAUGCCCCCCUUCAAAGAAGGAGUGAUAUAUUGUUUGCAGAUGUUGGUCUGUCGGUCGGUUGGUCUGUAUAUAGACCAAUCCGUUUCCAGAUGAUAACUCGAGAACGCUUGGGCCUAUCAUGAAAGUUGAUAGGGAGGUGAGUCAUGACCAGCAGAUGACCCCUACUGAUUUUGAGGUGAGUAGGUAAAAGAUCAAGGUCACAGUGACCUGGAACAGUAAAAUGGUUUCCGGAUGAUACCUCAAGAACGCUUGGGCCUAGGACCAUGAAAAUUGAUAGGGAGGUUGGUCAUGACCAGCAGAUGACCGCUACUGAUUUUGAGGUGAGUAGGUAAAAGAUCAAGGUCACAGUGACCUGGAACAGUAAAAUGGUUUCCGGAUGAUAGCUCAAGAACGCUUGGGCCUAGGACCAUGAAAAUUGAUAGGGAGGUUGGUCAUGAGCAGCAGAUGACCCCUAUUGAUUUUGAGAUCAGUAGGUCGAAGGUCAAGGUCAGAGUUACACGGAACAGUUAAAUGGUUUCCGGAUGAUAACUCGAGAAUGCUUGGGCCUAGGAUCAUGCAAGUUGAUAGGGCGGUUGGUCAUCUAGAUAGCAUAUGACCCCUAAUGAUUUUGAGGUCAGUAGGUAAAAGGUCAAGGUUACAGUGACCUGGAACAGCUAAACCAUUUCCGGACGAUGGGGAACGCUUGGGCCUAGGAUCACGAAACUUGAUAGGGAGGUUGAUCAUGACCAACAGAUGACACCUAUUAAUUUUGAGGCUAGUAGGCCAAAGGUCAAGGUCAAAGUGACCCGGAACAGUUAAACAGUUUCAGGACGAUAACUUGAGAUUGCUUUGGCCUAGGAUCAGGAAACUUAAUAGGGAGGUUGAUAAUGACCAGCAGAUGAUCCCUAUUGUUUUUGAGGUAAGUAGGUCAAAGGUCAAUGUCACAUUGACCCAGAACAGUAGAUCUUUUGUGUUCAGAGACCAAAUAAUUUCUGUUCCUUGUGCAAUUACUGAGUGCAUCAAGGGGGGCAUUUUGUGUUCUACGAGCUCUUGUUUUUGUUUCUAAUACAUUAUUUUCCAUAUUGGGACAAGCACUUGCAUCGGGGAGCAUCAUUCGGUUUUAUGGAUUCCUUGGAAUCUUAUUCAACAGCUGAAAACAUCUAUGAUGUUACAUCACAUUUUGACUGAGGUGUGGGGAUGUGAGUGGAAUGGACAGAAGGUUGAAGGUUUUCCUACAAGUCUAUGUCAGCAUACUAUCAAAAUAUAUUUCUACAGAAAAAGAGA